CUUAAAGGACACACCUACGGGAAAUUUCAGGAAAAGUUAUUUGAACUCCCAUCAUUCAAAGAUGUCUCACAUUUACCGACCGUGCGAGGGAUGUACAUCCAGUCAAGGUCGUUAAACACUUCCAGUUAGAUGUCUCACAUCAACAUGCUGACAUACAAUUCUACUUGGUCCUAAAUAACUAACAACAAUUGCAUCAGAAAUGGCGAAAACAACAUUAAAACAUGACUGACAUGAACGUAUGCCCAUGCGCUGAAAACGUAAAUAGAUAUAUAUUUAUAAAGAGAUCACGUAUCUCCUCAUAACAUAAACGACAAUAUCACCGAAUGCUAUUGAAAGGCAAACAAUAGAAAUUAAAUGGCAAUACUCUUACAGACGAGAUCUGUAGUAUACAAGUUGUUCAAAGUUAUAAACGAACCCUAUUGCAACCUUAGGUCAAUUUCUCAUGUACAAGACCUGGUUAGCGGGAAGAAGCACGAGACGUGGUCUAAGAAGAAUCAAUGUUGGCAACGGUCAUCAAUUUUUGAGAGGAAACGGAUUAGUUCUUGUAUCCGCAGAACCAUGUCUGAUUUUGCAGGAAAGGACCAAAAUUUUAUUUUCAGACAGCUUUUAGACUACAAGUCCUUUACAUAUUCUUAUAUCUUGGGUGACCCAGUCACCAAGGAAGCUAUCAUUAUUGAUCCAGUUAUAGAGAUGGUAGAGAGAGAUGCAAGAAUCAUCAAAGAUUUCGGACUUGAACUCAAAUAUGCAGUAAAUACUCAUGUUCAUGCAGACCACGUGACAGGAUCUGGAGAACUUAAAAAGAAACUUCCAACAUGUGAAAGUAUGAUAUCUAAUGUCAGCAAUGCAAAGGCAGAUGUCAAGUUAUCUGAUGGUGACAAGAUUGACUUUGGAUCUUUUCAUUUAGAAGUAAGAAGCACACCUGGUCAUACAAAUGGUUGCUUAACCUAUGUAUGGCAUGACAAAGGAAUGGCAUUCACUGGUGAUGCCCUUUUAGUAAGAGGUUGUGGGAGAACAGAUUUUCAGGAAGGAAAUUCCGAGACACUGUAUGAAUCAGUUCAUAAACAGAUUUUUAGCCUUCCAUCUAACUUUCGCCUGUUUCCAGCACAUGAUUAUACAGGACAAACAGUAACUACAGUGGCAGAAGAAAAAACAUUGAAUCCAAGACUGACUAAAUCAAAAGCAGAGUUCAAAAACAUUAUGGAGAAUCUCAACCUUCCAUAUCCAAAACAGAUUGAUAAAGCUUUACCUGCAAAUAUGGUUUGUGGACUGCAAGAUCUUCAAAGCUGAACAAGACUAUGAUUGACUUGCACUAAAAUUUCUGUAGUUUAUAACCAAGAGUCUUUGUGAACUAUUGCUGUGGCUGGUGUUUUUGACUCCAAGGAAUCAGUAUUGCUUGCAUGGCAUCCAUGUGAAAUUUUUAUCUUUUAUAGUCCCAAUAAUGUAAAACUAUGUUCAGUCAUGAAAGGCUGUCUCUUAUAAUAUACAUGUCUUCAUCCAAUAUACAAUGUAAAAACACCUUUGUGAAGAUACAGACCAUGUUUUGUUUAAUUAAGACAAGUUAAUUAAGAUAUAUUUUAAUCAUAUUAUCAAGUGAGAUGGUACCAGAAUGGACUGUUGACUUGCUUAUCACAUGAAACUAGAGUAACUAUAGUCUUACAGAUAGGAUUUCAAGCAAGAAGAAUGACCAAUAUUUGAUCCUCAUUGAAUGUGCAACUGUAGUAAAAAUGAUUAAAUGUGCAACUGUAGUAAAAAUGAUAAAAAUUGUUAUUUUACUCCAGUUUUAUUUACAGUUAUAGUAAUGGCAACCUCUAGGUUGGUUAGUUACAGUCAUCACUGGAUUUAUUACUGAAAGGAAGCAUCCGUGGGAUGAUUCAUGUCUAAUUAAGACAAAUAUGACAUGUUUUUGUAUCCAGAUAAAUGAUUUCAUUGUAUUUCUGAAAAAAAAUCAUAUUUUUCUUCCAAAAAUAGUUGGAAUAGGACAGACAAUGACAGAUAAAUUAUUUAAUCAACAUUUUUAGCUUCCUUUAUCUUAAGGGCAAGUAUGAGCUGUACAACAUAAACUAUUUUUAAUUUUAGAAUAAAAUCUAAUACCACUUGUGAAAUUGCAGUUAAACUUGACAACAAAAAUCUGUAUGGUGUGUAGUUCCAAAGUAAAUUCUAAUAUACAUGCCUGCAAACCAACAUGGAACUACUACUAUAAAUAAAACAUAAAUGGAAAGAUUUUAGUAAGCCUUGGGUUUAAAACUAAUGUUUAUCUUUAAUGGUUUUCAGUAAACAUUAAUCUUAUUUCCAGUAUAUAGUUUUAUUUUGAGCAAUAAAUACAAACUGCAUAUUUUUAGACUGGACUUUAAGUAUACGUACUUGUUUGUUAUUAUUGUCAUAGUUUUAAGUUACUUGUAUUGACUUUAAAAAUUAAAGUUUUCUACUCUGCUUCAGAUAUCGCACUAUACUCUUAUUGACUGCUUAUUAGGGUAAUAGAAAGUUUGUUGUUCCUAAGAUACCAUAGUAUGGCUCAUGAACCCAACUGCCUUCAACCGAUGCUUCCACUAUUUCUGAAACCCAGAUUAUUUGACAAAACAUUAAAAAAAAAUCUGAAUAAUGGGCCAAUUGCUUUCUUAGACUGGUAAUUCAAUAGUUACCCAAGCCCAAUUUUCUGGGUUCCAAAAAAAAUUGCUCUUACUUACUUAAAUGGUUCAGAUGAUUGCAUUAAACAUGUUUAUUUUUCCUCAUUUGCAGUUUUGGCGUGAAUGUACCAAGACUGUCUUAUUUUCCUUUUUUUUUUCAAAGGUGGUGGGGCUGGGGAUAGUUAAAGCCCUGUUAUAAUUCUUUCAGUUGGGCUUCUGAAAAAGUUUUUGUUUUGUUUUAGGUGCCAAUUCAACUGCCUAAAGGUUUAUAUGUUUAUGUUAGUCAUUAAUAUGUGUAUAGAGUAGAUACUGGGAUGCACAAACAUCAAUAAAUAUUUAACAUUGUUGACAUUUUACAAGUGUUAUUCAAAUCAUAAACAUAUGGAACUAAUUUAAUUAACUCUAAAAAUUAAAUGAUGUUUACCUUCAAUUGAUAUUUGUGCAACCUAUUCAUGGUGCACAAUACAGGCUCCUUGUAGCUUCUAGUAUUAGGUGAGGGAUACAAGGGUGACCUAAUAGAAUAAACUAAGGUAUAUCAAAUUGCAAUUCCCUGCAAUCACCUUAUAUUACAUUCAUCUGAACAAAAUAUUAUACAUGUUACUAUUUUUAUCUUGUUUUUAUAACAUGAUAAUAAAUGUUUUACUUUUUUA